AUGAGUCGAUACCGGUCUGACAGUUCUGAGGAGACCCGUGGUCGCUCUACUGCACGGAGUACAAGUGAUGGGUUGUCUGCUUUUUACAGGGAACGUUUUGGCAGCCAUUCACCUGAGGAGUAUAUGAACUUGAGGAUCUCCGGUUUCGAUGAUAAAUUAGAAAGGGAUGAAAUUAAGGAAAUACUCACUGCUGAGUUCAGGAAGUUUGCUCCUUUUGAGAUCAAGGUUGUACGCAAUCCAGGCGAUGAUGAGAGAUUAGCAUAUGUAAACUUUGAACGAAGAGAUUGUGCUAGGAAAGUGAGGUACAGUAUCAUGGAUCGUUUGAAAAAGGCUCUUGGUAAGCGUGUGCUAUGUGAUCCCGCUGGGAUACUUCGUGAUCAAGAGGGCAAAUAUAUUCCCGAUCGUUUCAAUAGAGCGCUGCAGGCAUGUUUCUUUUCAACGUCAAACGAUAGAGUUUAUAGCGAGUUCACUCACUAUUCUGCAUACCGUUUUUUGAACACUACGAGAGCUUUUUUGUAUGUCAUGCUUUUCUUAGUCAUUGAUCACUAAGU